GCGGAAUUCGAAGUUCGUAGUAAACUAAAGCCCAGUUUAUAUUGAGUAAUUUAAUGGGAUCGUAAAUGUUCAUUUUAAGUAUAAUCCAUCGUUUUCAGAAACUAUUGAAUAAAUAUGUUAACACAAUUAAAUACUGAAACAAUCUUUUAUCAAAUAUAUUAACCAGAUACAAAAAUAUAUACUUGUCAUAAGAAAUAUUAUCAGGUGCAAAAAGAAAAUGAAAAUGAAACGCAGCAGGUCUUUGUCUCCUAAAGCUUCGUGCAGUGAGGAUGACAUGAAGCGCAUGAAACUUGGAGAGAAUGAGAAAAAUGACAUAAUAAUAAUGCAUCCCCAUAUAUUAGAUUUUUCUGAUGAUGUAUUACUAAACAUUUUCAAGUAUCUGAAUCCUCAAGAUCUCAUGGCAAUAAGCUUAUCGUGUCAGCGGUUAGCUCAAGUUGCCCAAGACAAAACUUUAUGGAGAAGAGUAGAUUUUCGGGUGAAACCGAUAUUACUAAAUGAUUUAAAAGAAUAUAUAAAAUUUUUUCAACCAAUGACAGUAAGCCUCGCUGUACGUGGUAGUUUGCACUGUGAAAAAGAAGCAGAGCUUAGUCCCUACUUUUUUAGUUCUAUCAAAAAUUCAUGUACUCAACUAAAGGAAUUAACUAUCGAAGAAUAUUAUAUCAAUGGAGAUAAGAUUCAGAUAACAGAUUUUCCACGUACCAUUGAAAAACUUUCAUUAGAGGGUUGCAAAAUGGGAUAUUUACGUGGUAAUAAGUCGUAUUUUUUUAAAAUGAAUUUCCAUAUGCCUAACUUAACAUGUUUGAUCUUAAGCAAUUGUCAGUGGUUCACUCCACAUUCAUUACUAGUUAUUAGUAAAAUGCCAAAGUUGAAAGAAUUAAGGCUAAAUUCGUGUCACCGAUUAGGAGAAUGCGUUGCUUACACCAGUUUGGCUACAAGAUUCGGAUUUAAAACUUUAGAGAUUCUUGACUUGCGAGAUACUGCACUUGGUGACAGUGAAGUCGGAUGUUUCAGUUGUACUAAAACUUUAACUCAUCUUUACCUUGAAUGCCCUUUUAAUUUACGAAAUACAGAAUCGUCAGAUCAAGAGUCAAGGCCUCUGCCACCGGAAGGUUUAAAUCAACCUGUAUAUGAAGAUGAUAAUCUUGUACAGUUUGUCGUUGAAGACGGAUUUCGUUGGGAAAAUUACACAUUUGGACGUUGCUUAAUCACAGAUAGAGCAAUAUGUGCUCUUGGAAUUGACACGUGUGAUCGCAAAAUAAUAAAUAAUUCGGCAGAAGGAGUUAUAGUUGUAGAAGAUGACAAACGAAUAUUUAACAAUCCACACUUAAAAACAUUAGUUGUCAGAAAUUAUCCAUACGUUACUAACUCCAGUCUCGUACAUCUGGCUUUGAAUGCGUCAAGUCUCGAAUAUUUAGAUGUAAGUGGUACUUCAGUUACAAGGCAAGGAGUUGAAACUUUUAAGUCUCGAAGAUCAAACGUUAAAAUAAUCACUUCAUUCGAUGAAACAUAGUUGAGGCAAACUAUAAUGGAAAUGUGAAUUUAGUGCGAUUAACACAAGUUUAAAUAUAUGAUUGAUACGUAUUUAAACAUAGAGGAACACAAGCAUUUGAAAAGUACAGAGUCAUUUUAAAAGCUUCAAUGCCAGGAUACUCUUACAGUUAAAUAGAUCUAUUUUCCGCAGAAACAUAACUAUAAGAGUUAGAAGUAAACAGUUUUUUACUUUAAUUAGGUAAUAUGUAUAAAUCAUCUUAAUUUGCAUCUUAAUUUUACAAUCUCCAUGUGUGUUCAAUGUAUUUAUUCGUAUGUGUUACAGUUCCAUUAUAUUGUAUAUAAGUAUAUGUGUGCAAUUUAAUAACAUAUUCAAUUUUAUGAUGGUAAUUCUUAGAGCAACAAAAUAUAAUACAUUACUUUCUAUUCAUAAUAAUGUAAUGUUAUUAUCGAAAUAGAAAACAUUAAUAUGUAUGAAGCAUUUCAAAUACAUCACUUGGAGAAGGGUUAGUGAUACACACUAUAAUUGUAAAAAGGCGUACAGUGGAUAAAAGUUAUUUAUUAAAAAAAAAAUAAAAAAUUGAAAGAUAUUGACACGUGA